CCAGCUGAUUUAGGGGAGAGGAAGCGAAGUAUAUCUGUUUAUAACAAAAAUAUAAUUGGCAGCUUCUGUAUUUUUCUUGGAAGCGUCCGGAGAUCCAGUAAUGUCAUGGUUUUCCUGGAUGUUUCUGUUUUUCUACAAUUGUCAAUUGCUGCACUUUAGACACUCGCCAUGGAUAAGAUCUUAGAAGCCCUUAUCGGCUCGUCCCACCCUCUGCACGUGAAGAGGGCGAUUGUGAAGAAGGUGGUGGAGGCGGCAGAAAAGGCUGUCAGUGAGGUGCAGUGCCAGGCACUCUACCAGCUCACUGCCCGCCUCAUCCUGCUUGGGGAGGACUCCUUCCAGAGGCAGGUGGGCUAUCAGGUGCUGGAGGCAUAUGCCCGCUACCACCGGGCAGAGUUUGAGCAGUUCUUCAGCAGGGAUUUCAUCCUGAGCCUCCUUCAGAAUGGCUAUGGUCAUGUGGACAGAAAGGACGUGAUCAUUAUUGACUACAUCCAUUGUUGUUUGAGGCUUCUCAUCAGUUGCCCUUCUGUCCUGGAGAUCUUCAGCAUCCUCAGAGUAGAGGUGCUGAGGAUAGUCUGCGAGCGGCCGGAGCCUCAGCUGUGUGCCCGGCUCAGCACCAUGCUGUCAGAUUUCAUGCAGUGCAUCCCCAAGGACAAGUCAGGGGGGCUAUUCUGUCAGCAGUUGGUCAGGACUAUUGGUUAUUUCCACUGCUCAACUUCACAGGAGAAUGAGCUUCGGGAGUAUGUCUCUCAGGUCACUAAAGUAAGCACUUUGCUCCAGAACAUCUGGAAAGCUGAGCCUCCCACACUGCUGCCCUCCCUGCAGGAAGUUUUUGCCAUUAUUUCUUCUACAGAUCCAUCUUUUGAACCUUCCAUUGCACUAGCAAGCCUCGUUCAGCACAUCCCAUUACAAAUGAUUACAGUUCUCAUUAGGAGCCUUACUACAGACCAGAAUGUAAAAGACGCCAGUAUGACUCGAGCACUGUGCAGAAUGAUUGACUGGCUAUCCUGGCCUCUUGCUCAGCAUGUUGAGACAUGGGUGAUUGCACUGCUAAAGGGAUUGGCAGCUGUACAGAAGUUCACUAUUCUCAUUGAUGUAACCCUACUCAAAAUUGAGCUGGUUUUUAAUCGUCUGUGGUACCCAAUAGUGAGGCAAGGUGCUUUGACUGUUCUUUCUCACAUGCUCCUCAGUUUCCAGCAUUCCCCAGAGGCAUUCCACUUGGUGGUGCCACACAUCGUGCACCUGGUUCAGUCUCUAAAAAGCGAUGGACUUCCCAAUAGCAAAGCCUUCCUUGUACAAUUUACUGAGCUCAUACUCUGUAUGAUGUAUCAGUUCUCUGGAUUUCCUGACCUCUAUGAGAGUAUCCUGGAAGCCAUAAAGGAGUUGCCCAAACCCAGCGAGGAAAAGAUCAAACUUAUUUUGAAUCAAAGUGCCUGGACAUCACAGUCCAAUUCCUUGGCUUCUGGUCUUUUGAGGCUCACAGGAAAAUCAGAAACUGGCAAGACAGGCCUGAUAAACCUUGGGAAUACUUGUUACAUGAACAGCAUCAUUCAGACUCUGUUUAUGGCCACAGAUUUUAGGCGAUCUGUUUUAUCUCUAAAUCUCAAUGGAUCAUAUACAUUAAUGAAAAGACUUCAGCUCCUGUUUGCAUUCUUGGCUCACACUCAGAGAGCAGCAUAUGCACCCCGGAAUUUCUUUGAAGCAUCGAGACCCCCAUGGUUCACUCCUGGGACUCAGCAGGACUGCUCUGAAUACCUGCGAUUCUUGUUAGACAGAUUGGAUGAAGAAGAGAAGACCAUUAGGGCUUUUAAGAUGGAGAAGACUAACCCUAAUCCGGGUGUUAAUAGUUCCUAUAGUGACACUAAUGGCGUUGUACAGGAUGCCUCAAGUAUGGACCGUCCCUCUGCAGAGCCCCCUGCAGAAAAGGGUGACAAAGAGAAGACACUCAUAGAAAAAAUGUUUGGGGGUAAACUUUCUACAUCUAUACGUUGCAUGGAAUGCAAUAGUAUUUCUCAGAAGUUAGAGCCUUUUACUGACCUCUCUUUAGCUUUUCGUCCUUUGGCUAAAACUCAGCAGCUGGAGCUUUCAUGUUCACCUUCUGCACCAGAAAAUGAAUGCAGCAGCAGGUCCAGUGGGAGCACCCCCUGGUCCGACAAAUCACCCAUCCCUGUUGAAGCUGAAGAGCCUGCAGGAGGAAACAAUGAGUCAACUGCUCUGCAGAAACAUGUGGCAACUAAUGUUAAUACCUUUGAACCUGAGAAACAGGAUGGCAGUCUCCCCCCAUCUGUACCAGAUUUAAUAAAUUACUUCUUGGAACCUGAGAUUCUUGACGAGGACAACAAAUACUACUGUGAGAAAUGUGCCUCGCUGCAGAAUGCUGUGAAAACUAUGCAUGUUGUUGAUGAUCCAGAAUACCUCAUCCUCACCCUCCUGCGCUUCUCGUAUGACGCCAAGAGUCACGUGCGCCGCAAGAUUCUGGACAACGUGGCAAUUCCGCCCUACCUACAGCUUCCUGUUCAUCACAGGAUAGCUAAGAGCGCUGCUAGUUCUGUGUCUGGAAGCAGGAGCUCUUCACCUCUGCAGGUGGACUCGCCAGAGAGUGAGGAGAACCUGGCGAAGAAACUUAAACCUUCUGGGAAAGAGGAGGAGGUGGAGGUGGAGGUUGAAGUGGAAGAGGAGGACGAGGUAGAGGAAAUGACGAUGGGAGCCCAGUCGGUAACCUACGUUCUUAGCUCUGUGGUCAUGCAUUCCGGUAUGUCCUCUGAAAGCGGACACUACUAUUCCUAUGGUAGGAAUGUCACCAGCUCAGAUUCCUCCUUGCCACCUAGUCUGUGCUAUCAGGAAGGGGAAAUUCAGGAUUCCACAUGUCAUCUAAACUCAAAUGGUACAGUCUCCUCGAGCCCGGCUACCACAAGCUCCACAUGCACUUCAGUGGCCAAACAGGACCGUGAUGUAGGCCAGUCUGCCAGGGACUGGUUCCUCUUCAAUGACAGCAGAGUGACCUUUACCUCUUUCCAGUCUGUGCAGAACGUCACCUGCAGGUUCCCAAAGGACACAGCUUAUGUUCUUUUCUACAAAAAGCAAGACCUCAGAAAAGGUGUAAAUGGCAGCACCAUUAAUGGCAUGAGGUUAAAUGCUGAGCCUCCGCUGCAGAAAGAGUUGAUGGAUGCUAUAACAAAAGACAACAAGCUUUAUUUACAGGAGCAAGAACUGAAUGCCCGCACCCGAGCUCUCCAGGCUGCUUCGUCCCCCUGUUCCUUCCGACCCAAUGGCUCUGAUGACAAUGACCCCCCAGGGAGCUGUGGCCCGACAGGCGGGGGACCCCCCCCCGGGGCCCCCCCCCCUCCCCACCUGCCAGAGUGCUGGAGAGCGAGAGGGACCAGUGGAGCUGCUGGAACCCUGAAACCGGCCAGGAUCUGGUGGGAUGGCAAAUGGGAGGAUCUCUUUGGAGAUCUCAAGGAUCGAGGUUGGUGCCUUGUCUGCGGGGAGUUUGGGUAUGAAGUGGGGUACUGCCCCUUCCAGGAGAAAGAGUGGGAGGAGCAGACCAGAAGAUGGAGACAGGAGAGCCCCGCUGUCUCUAGCUCAAGAGGUAGGAGCCGCACCGGUGUCCAGAGACCGAAGGAGAGCCGCACCAGCAUCCAGAGACCGAGAGAGAGCCACCCCAGCGUCCAGAGACCGAGGGAGAGCCACACCCCCAUCCAGAGACUGAGGGAGAGCCACACCAGUGUCCAGAGACCGGGGGAGAGCCACACCGGCCUACAGAGACCAAGGGAGAGCCACAGCCGCGUCCAGAGAGCGAGGGAGAGCCACACCGGCGUCCAGAGACCGAGGGAGAGCCACACCGGCGUCCAGAGACCGGGGGAGAGCCACACCGGUGUCCAGAGACCGAGGGAGAGCCACACCGGCGUCCAGAGACCGAGGGAGAGCCACACCGGCCUACAGAGACCGGGGGAGAGCCGCACCGGCCUACAGAGACCGGGGGAGAGCCGCACCGGCCUACAGAGACCGGGGGAGAGCCACACCGGCCUACAGGGACCGGGGGAGAGCCGCACUGGCAUCCAGAGACCAGGGGAGAACCGCACCAGCGUCUAG